AUGUUUUUUCAAUGUAUAUUUAUUAUAAUACUUUAUUCAGUAUUUUAUGUAAAUUUCAAAAAUGUACAUACUUUCAGAAUCAGAUAUAGCAAAGAGGAUUUAUUUUUGAAAUCUUGUAAGGUAUUGAAGAAAAGAAAAAUUAAAAAAAAAUUUUCUAUACUGAGUAAGCAUUAUGAUUUUAAUUUAAUUGAAAAAAAAUGGCAAGUUAUUUGGAAUACUAAAAGAUUAUUAGAUAAAGAUUUUGAAAUAUUUAAUAAUCUUAGAAAAAAUAUAAAAGAUAAAUCAAGUUAUUCUGUUAAAGAGGAUAAUAAAAAAUGUUUAGGAAAAAAGUAUGGUAUGCUUAAGAAAUAUUAUAUUUUAGAUAUGUUUCCGUAUCCUUCUUCUCAAGGAUUACAUGUUGGUCAUAUUUUGUGUUUUACGAUAACUGAUGUUAUAAGUAAAUUUAAAAGAAUGAAUAAUUUUUGUGUAUUUCAUCCAAUUGGUUGGGAUAGUUUUGGUUUACCUUGUGAUAGAUUGUCUAUGAAAUUAAAAAUAAAUCCCAAAAAGAUUAUAAAGAAAAAUAUUUUAAAUUUUAAAAGGCAAUUAAUAAUGUUAGGAUUUUUAUUUAAUUGGAGCAAUGAAAUUAAUACAUGCGAUAAAAAUUAUUUUAAGUGGACGCAAUGGAUUAUUAUACAAAUGUACUUAAAUAAAUUAGGUUAUAGAAAACGUUCUUAUGUUAAUUGGUGUAAAGAAUUAAAUUGUGUUAUUUCCAAUGAUGAAUUGAAAAAUGAAUUGAAUUUACAAAAUUUACAAAUUGAAAAAGUAAAAUUAUUACAGUGGUAUCUUAAAAUUACAAAAUAUGCAAAUCGUUUAAUAAAAGACUUAAAAUUAAUUGAUUGGCCAAAUAAAAUUAAAAAUAUGCAAAUUAAUUGGAUUGGAAAGAAAUCAGGGAUAGUUAUAAAAGCUAAAAUUAUUCAUAUUGGUAAACUGAUUUUGAACUAUUCAUUUGAUUUGGGAAGAAAAUUCAUUUAUAUUUAUUAUAGUAAUAUUUAUAACCAUUCCAUAUUCCUUUUGUUUAAUUAUAUUUAUUACAUUGCUAUAAACAAAAGUUUUAAUAAAAUUAAUUACGAAUUUUUUUCUUUUUUAAAGUCCAUGAAUAAUGCAUAUGAAAUAAACUGUGAAUUUAUCAAAGAUAAUGAAAUUAGGAAAAAUGAUCAAAAAAUUAAUAAUUGUCUAAUGAAUGAAAUUGCAUAUAAAAACGAAAAAAAUAUGUAUGAUAAUGAAUAUAUUGUAUCAAAUAUUAACAAUAAUAAAAGUAUUUUGACUGAUUUAGUGAAUAAUAAUGUAUAUAGUUUACAAGAAAAGCAAUGUUAUUUACAAAAUUUUAAAGAAGGAAAUGAAACAACCAGUGAAAAAGAUACAUAUGUUAAAAUAUUUUUAAACAGAAAUGAAGCACUGUUAGAAAAUGAUAAAAUUAUUGUUAGUGUAAAUCAUCCUAAUAUUAAUAAAAUAGUAAACAACGAUGAAUUUUUAUUAAAAUACGUUAGUCAAACAAUUACAAAAAAUGACAUAUCCAGAUUAAAAAAUGAUGAAAUAUAUUUUUCUGGUUCUGUUAUUUAUAAUCCUAUUAUAAAUAAGUUCAUUCCUAUUUAUGUUUGUUCAUAUAUUUUAGAUAAUAAUAAAAGUAUUCUUUUACUGAGAAAAGGAAAUAAAGAAGAUAAUAAAAUAAAUGAACUAUUAUAUAAAUUAUUAUACAGUUCUAAUUAUAGUAUAAAGAAAAACAUUUAUAAUUUAAAAGAUUGGUUGUUCUCUAGGCAGAGAUAUUGGGGGGAACCAUUUCCAUUUUUAUAUAAAAUGGAAAAAAAAAAAAAAAAAAACUCUGAAAAUAAUGAAACAAACGAUAUGAUUUAUGAAAAAAAUGAAGUUUAUGACAAGGAUAUCGAUAACAAUAAGUUUCUUUCAUUUAAAGAGGAAAAUGAUAAUAAACAAAUAGAAAUAAAAAAAAUUAAAAAUUCUCCUAUGAAUAAAGUAUAUAUAGAUAAUAUUCCUUUAUGUUUACCUAAAUUUAAUAAACAAAUUUAUGAAAAAGAUAAUAAAGGAAAUAAAGUAUAUUCUGUUUUAUCAAGAUUCAAGGAAUGGAUAGUUACCAAAAAAAAAAAUAUUAUAUAUAAAAGAGAAAGUGAUAUCAUGCCUCAAUGGGCUGGUUCUAGUUGGUAUUAUUUAAGGUAUGUUGAUUCAAAGAAUAAAGAACAAAUUUUUGAUAAAGAAAAAGCAAAUUUUUGGUUGCCUGUUGAUUUAUAUGUAGGAGGAAAUGAGCAUGCAGUAUUACAUUUACUUUACUCUAGAUUUUUUCAUAAAUUUUUAUUUGAUCUCAAGUUGAUUAAACAUAAGGAACCCUUUCAAAAAUUAUUUAAUCAGGGAAUAUUAUUAAAUACUACUUCCUUUUAUCUUUAUACUAAUUUAAAAAAUGAACUAGUAAGUUUUUCAGAAUUAAGUGAAAAAGAAGAUACCAAUAAAAAAGAAAAGGAAAAAAGAGAUAUUAUAAUAGAAAAUAGAUGUAAAAUUGAAAUUUCUUCUAAAGAAAAUCAAAUUGAUGAAAAAGAAAUGAUAAGUUGCCAAGUGAAUAAUAAUAAAUUGAAAAAGGAGCAAAGCAGUAUUGGCAUGAAUGAAAACAAAAACCUAAGUAACAGUAUUAAUCAAGGAUCAACCAAAAAUGAGGAAUCAGAAAUUCGAAAAGUGAUUGAGAGUAAUAAUUAUAUAAUGGAAAACAGUUACAAAAAAUUUAUAAUUGAUGAAGAACAUGUAACAGAGAGAAAUCAGAAAUAUUACUUGAAAAACAUGCCUUCUAUUGAAGUGCAACCAAAUUUUGAAAAAAUGUCUAAAUCAAAAGGAAAUACAAUAAAUCCUGAUGAUAUAGUAAAUAUAUAUGGUUCUGACUGUUUAAGGUUACAUAUAUUAUUUUUAGGGCCAGUUGAUCAAAAUAAAAAAUGGACUAUUAAAGGAAUAAAGGGAACCUUUAAGUUUUUGAAUAAUUUAUAUAAUUUAUUCAUAGAUAAGAUAAAGAAAAAGAAAAAAAAAAAUUAUAGUAUAGGAUUAGAUACAAAGAAGAUAGAAGAAGAUGAAUAUGCUAGAAACAUAAUAAAAGAUGAUACAAGUGAAAUAGAUAAUAAGAAAAUUAGAUUAAGUGACAAAAAUUAUAUAAAUAGUGAAAAUAUUAAUUCAAAUGAAGAAGAAGAUGUAAAGACAAAAAAUUUUAAAAAGGAUUUGAAUGAUGAUAUAAUUUGCGAAAUUUGCAAAAAUAAAAAUAAAAAUAAAAAUCUAAUUAUAAAUUUUGAGAAAAAUAUAAGUUCUUCCAAAAAAAAAAACUACAAAAAUAAAUUAAAAAAGAAUUUAAAUAUAUUAAAAAAUGAAUCUCAUUUAUAUAAAAAGCUCUCAAAUAGGAUUAAAAAAAAUAUAAAAGUUGAUGUUGAAAAAAAAAAAAAAGUAAAUUAUUAUAUUCAAAAGGUCACCAACUGCAUAAAUACAAUAAAACUAAACACAGCUGUAUCUUUUUUCAUGGAAUUUUAUAAUGAAAUAAAAAAAUGGAAUUAUAUACCUUUAAAAGUUUUUCUCAUAUUUAUUAAACUAUUAUAUCCUUUUUGCCCUCAUAUAUGUGAAGAAUUUUGGUUUUACUAUUUAAAAAAAUAUAGAAAAAAAAAAAAAAAAAAAAUCUGCUACUUUUGUAAUUCUAGUUUAUUAUAUUAUGAAAAAUGGCCUUCUUUAUUUCAAAUAAAAGAAGAAAAAAUUGUAAAUAUAUCAAUAAAAAUAAAUAAUAAGCAUAUUACUUUUAUUCAAAAUAAUCUAAAAAAUUCAAAAAAUAUAAUAAAAGAAUCAACAAAUUUAAUACAGGAUCGUAUAAAAAAAGAAAUAAAAAAGGGAAAAAAAAUAAUUAACAUCAUAAACAUUCCUAACAAAAUAAUCAACUUUAUAAUAAAAUGA